AUGGCCACGCCCCCUCUCCCUGCCGCCAAUCCGGGCCCCUCCCCGCCGCGCACGCACACUCCUAGCCACGCCCUCCCCGCGCCCCCUUGUGGCCACGCCCCCCUCUCCGCCGCCAACCCGGGCCCCCCCCACGCCCACACUCCUAGCCACACCCCUCAUGGCCACGCCCCCUCGCCCUGCCGCCAAUCCGGGCCCCUGCUCGCCCCGCGCGCGCACCCUCCUAGCCACGCCCUCCCUUGUGGCCACGCCCCCUUCACCGGCGACAAUCCGGGCCCCUCCCCGCCCGGCGCGCACACUCCUAGCCACGCCCUCCCCGCGCCCCCUUGUGGCCACGCCCCCUUCCUCCGCCGCCAAUCCGGGCCCCGCCCCGCGCGCACACUCCCAGCCACGCCCCGGCGCCCCCUUGUGGCCACGUCCCCUUUCACCGGCGCCAAUCCGGCCACGCCCCCGCGUCCCCUUGUGGCCACGCCCCCUUUCACCGCCGCCAAUCCCCACGCCCCCGCGUGCCCUUUCGUGGCCACGCCCCUUCCUCCGCCGCCAAUCCGGGCCCCUCCCCGCCCCGCGCGCACACUCCUAGCCACGCCCUCCGCGCACGCCCUGGUGACCACGCCCCUUCCUCUGCCGCCAAUCCGGGCCCCGCCCCACCGAGAGCGCCCACUCCUAGCCACGCCCCCCGCACGCCCUUGUGGCCACGCCCCCUCCCCCCCGGUCCCGGCCCCGGUCCGGGCCCCCGGCGCGGAUGGAGGCCCCGGAGCGCCCCCUGCCGGCGUCCGUGCCGUCCUGCUGCGGAGGAGCGGCCCCCGGGACGGCUCCGACUCCGGCUGCGGCUUCGGCUUCACCCUGCGACACUUGAUCGUCUGCCCGCCCGGGACCCGCGCCCGCAUCGGGGUAACCGGGGCGGAAGAUGAUGGCGGCCGCCAAGGGCCCCCUCGCAGCCGCCUGCAGCCCGUGGACACCAUCUUUGUGAAGAGCGUGAAGGCGAAUGGCCCAGCCCAGCAGGCCGGCCUGCGCACCGGGGAUCGACUGGUGAAAGUGAAUGGGGAAACCGUCACUGGCAAAACCUACUCACAAGUCAUCGCCCUGAUCCAGAACAGCAAGGACACCCUCGCGCUGGCCAUCGAAGCCCAGAAUGAGGACCCCCUCCGCCCGGCCCGUUCGCAGGACGCCUCCCCGACGGGGAAUGAGCCCCGCCGGGCCGGAGCCCGCGGCGCGCCCGAGCCGCCCUCGUUGGGCUCCGCCGGCCGGCCCUCCGCCCCGCAGGCCUGGGCCCGGGGCACCAUGGUAGCGGGCCCUCGACCGGCCCCCCACGUCGAUCCCCGGGACCAUCGGCCGCCCCUCCCGUGCUCCCGGCCCGGCCGCCUCGCCCGCCCGGCCCCGCGGCCCCGCGGCCCCGCCAUGGCCCGCCCGGCCCCCCACCCCGGCGCCUUCUCCUGCGGCCCCCAGCCCGCCCGCGGCUGCCCGGCCCCCGGCGCCCCGCCGCCCCCCGGCCCGGGCCGGGUCUCCCGGGAGGCCCCACGGGCCCCGAGCGAACAGGAGCGUCGCCGGCGGGCGCUGGCCCAGUGGCUGCGCACCCAGCUCCCGCGGCGGAGCUCUUCCGAGGACCGGUCGGCUGGCCGGCCCCUGCCCCGCCGCUGCCGCAGCGCCUCCCAGGACCGGCUGGGCACCCCCCCGGACCCGGCCCCGGCCCCCUGGGGCUGGCCCCACUCGGCCUCCCAGGACGCCCUGUGCCACGUGGGCCCCGGCGGCCGGCAGCCGCGGGCCCCGCUCGGACGAGGCCUUGGCGCCGGGGGCGACGGUGCCACCGACGCGGGCGGCCCCUGCGGGCUGCCCCCGGCCCGCUCCCCCCCCGGCCGCCCCGGCCCCCGGCCCCCCGCCGCCCCGGGACCGCCGCCGCCGCAACCCAGUCCGCCCGCCCUGCCCGGCCUGGACGCCGCCGGCUACGUGGGCUACCGCAGCUACAGCCCCUCGUUCCAGCGCCGGACGGGCCUCCUCCACGCCUCGUCCUUCCGUGACCCGGCCUUCGGGGGCUUCCCCACCUUCAGCCUCGCCCCGGCCCCCCAGCUGGACUGGGCCCCUCCGCCGGCCUCCCGCCCCGCGCUCCCAGGCCCCGCCGGCCCACCGGAUGACGUGGUGCUCCGGCAGAAGCCGCCGACCGGCCGCAAGGUGCAGCCCAGCCCCGGGCACCCGCCGGACUCUGCCCUCCCCGGAGAAGCCCGCCAGGAGGCCCGCGGCGACGGGCCCGGAGAGCGCCCGGGGCGGAGGGUGGCCCCGCUGGCGGCCCCCGAGGACUCCCUGGCGUCCAUCCCGUUCAUCGACGAACCCACCAGCCCCAGCAUCGACCUGAAGGCCAAGCCGGUGCCCGCCUCGUCGGUGGUGUCCAGCUGCAUGAACUCAGCACCCGUCCUCACCACCAGCCCCUCGUCCCCGGCCUUCUCCUUCGCCGUCAGCCGCCACUACUCCCAGGACUGCAGCAGCAUCAAAGCCGCGGGCCGCCGCUCCUCCUACCUACUGGCCAUCACCGCCGAGCGGUCCAAGUCGUGCGACGACGGGCUCAACACCUUCCGAGAUGACAGCAGGGUCCUGCGGCACCUGCCCAGCCGUGUCCCCAGCCUUCGCCUGCUGAGGAGUUUCUUCACCGACGGGUCGCUGGACAGCCUGGGCACGUCGGAAGAGCCCCAGCCCAAGAGGCACUCGGCCUCCGACCUCUCGGACGGGGCGGCCGGGGAGGUGCAUCAGGAGGGCUGGUUGCACUUCAAGCAGAUCCUCACCAAGAAGGGAAAGAAGGUGGGCGGCGGCGGCCUGCGGCAGUGGAGGCGGGUCUUCGCCGUGCUCCGCGCACACUCGCUCUACCUGUGCAAGGAGCGGCGGGAGGCUGGCGGGCCCAAAGUGCCGGCUGCAGGUGAGGACGACCCGGCGCCCAUCAGCAUCCGAGCCUCCCUGGUGGACAUCUCCUACAGCGAGACCAAGAGGCGACACGUCUUCCGCCUGACCACCGCUGACUUCUGUGAAUAUCUCUUUCAGGCCGAGGACCGCGACAGCCUGCUAGGCUGGGUCAGAGCCAUCAGGGAGAACAGCAGGGCCGAGGGCGAGGACCCUGGCUUUGCCAGUCAAGCUCUGAUCAACAAAAAGUUAAACAGUUAUCGCAAAGUGAGCCCCUCUCUUGUCAAAGGCGACUGGUCUCCCAAGGGCCCCCGGGUCCUGGGCUGCAAGGCGGAGCUCCCGCGACCAGCUGGCAGCGGCCGGACGCCCCGGCAGGACGCAGCCGGGGCCAAAGAUGACUCCCCGAGGGGCCCCUGGGGCAUCAACAUCAUGAAGAAGAGUCGGAAGGUGGCCCCACGGGCAUUUGGGGUGCGCCUGGAGGAGUGCCAGCCUGCCACCGACAAUAAGCACGUGCCCUUGAUCGUGGAGGCCUGCUGCCGGGUGGUGGAGGACAAGGGGCUGGAGAACCUGGGCAUAUACCGGGUGCCGGGAAACAACGCCGUCGUGGCCAGCCUGCAGGAACAGCUCAACAAGGGGGCCGCCGAGAUCAACCCUCAGGAUGAGCGCUGGCAGGACCUAAACGUCAUCAGCAGCCUCCUCAAGUCCUUCUUCCGCAAGCUGCCGGAGCCCCUCUUCACUGACGACAAGUACAGUGACUUCAUCGAAGCCAACCGCCUGGGGGAUGCCCGAGAGAGGAUGAAGACUCUACGAAAGCUGAUCCGGGAUCUGCCCGGUCACUACUACGAGACCCUCAAGUUCCUGGUGGGACACCUGAGAACCAUCGCCGACCACUCGGAGAAGAACAAGAUGGAGCCCCGGAACCUGGCCCUGGUGUUCGGGCCCACGCUGGUCCGGACGUCCGAGGACAAUAUGACGGACAUGGUGACGCACAUGCCUGACCGCUACAAGAUCGUGGAGACCCUCAUCCAGCACUCAAACUGGUUCUUCAGCGACGAGGAGGAUAAGGGAGAAAAGACUCCGGUGGACGACAAGGAGGCUCAGGCCGUCCCCAACAUUGAGUACCUUCUGCCCAACCUCAGCAAGGCUGGGCCUCCCUGCCAGAUGGGAGCAGAUCCUGUGCCCGGGGGCCUGGCUAAAUACAAGCGGGCGUGGCCCUCCGGGAAGGAGCCGUCGCGGCGGGAGCUGCUGGCCACCAUCUCCUUCAUGGCGGCGGUGACCCGGAAGCGGAAGAAGCGGCGGGAGGCCCCGCGCCGGGGCAGCAGCACCGACGAGGACUCGGACCCGGCCCAGGCCCCGGCCCCGGCCCCGCCGCCUGCGGGCAGGGGCGACGGCCGGGCCGGGGACGAGGCGGACGACGAGCGGAGCGAGCUGAGCCAGCUGGAGACCGACACCGAGGGCGGCGGGACCCCCGGCCCGGCCCCCCCGGCCCCCAGCGGCCCGCCCCGACUCCCGCCGGGCGACCCGCCGGACCGCCAGAGGCCGUCGAGGGGCCGGCCGGACGGCUCCGCUCCAGGAUCCAAUCCGGGCUCGGGGUCCGGCUCUUCCAGCAGCCAGGACUCGCCGGGCGCGGGGGGCCGCCGCGCAGGCGCGCCGGGGGCCCCCACCCAGCCGCCCCGGCUGCGGCUGCGCGGCUCGGCCGACGACCUGUGCGGCGCGCGCCUGCGCCGGCCCUGCUCGCCCGAGACGCGGCGCCGGAAGAGCGGCUGGCGGCGGCACACGGUGGUGCCGCACUGCCCCAUCACGGACCUCCGCUGCCCCGACUGGGAGGGGCCCGCGCCGCCCACGCCGGCCGCCGACCGGAACCGGAAGCGGGAGCCCCCGCGUGCCGGCCAGGCCUUCGACGGGCCCGAGAGCGAGGGCAAGGAUUCGGGCAUCAGCAGCCUGGAGUCCACCAAGGCCCGGCCCUCCUCGGCCUCGCCGCCCCAGGCCCAGGCCACGUAGCCCCGGACGCCCGCUACCCGGCCCUCGCCCUCCGCUUCCGGUCACCCUGGGCCUUCUUUUUGCCCGGCCCCUCGCCGCUUGCCGCUGCCCACCCCUGUCCGCCUCUCCGCCUGGCCCCUCCCUCCC